UAAAUGCGACGAUGAAAAGCGCAUUCUAUGCGUCGUUAAUGUUAACGGAGUUUUAAAUUUUCGGUGAGUUGGAAUUAUCAGACUUCUGUAUAGAGAGCGAGUUUGAAAUUUUCACGUGAACAUAAAUAGGAUUUUCAUUUCUUUUGUGAUUGAUGAUUUGAUUGGAAUCGCGAUAGAUAUAAAUUUAGUAGUGACAAUGAAUUUGAAAAGUUGUUUGUUGUUAAUAAUAUACUAUUUGGUACAAGAUACCACGGCAGAGAAUCCCAGAUUGGAUACUUAUGAUAUAAAUAAUAUACAGGUAUUCGUUAAUAAUGUUCAUGAAAGAGCGCGGUCGGAUUAUCGGUUGGAAAAUACAACAUUGGAAGAUGAUGAAAAGAAUAAUGUUUUGAAAAUGAUAUUCAAUGACUUAACGAAUAUACUAACUGAGUUAAAUAAAAUGUCUAACGAUCCACGUAAAAUCCUUUCAUCUGGUGAAUUGAUUAGUUUCGUUGAUAGUUUAGAGACACAUGAUCUAAAAACCGGUUUUUCUGCACAACCAAAAUUGUCAGUAAAAUUGAAUACAAUAUUUAAUAUAAGUGAAACAAUAAAUUCAUACGUCGAGCCAUUAUUGAAAUUAGGCAGCAGUAAUUUUUCUGGCGAACGAGAUAUGUCGGAAUUCUGUCCAUCUAACAAAAGUAUUCAACCAAACAUUGAAUUCAAGUUUGAACAGCCAAUUGUUCUUAAUGAAUACAAAAAAUUCAUUGACAAUCUCGCAGUAAUUAUGAACAACAAAACGCAACAUGAUUCUUGUGGUCAAACAAGUUCAUUAAAUCAAGCGAUAUUUGAUUAUCAUCAUCAAGUUGUCGCCACAUAUCUAAAAGAAUAUAUAUUGCUCAACUUCGUUGAUAUCAUCGAUGGUCGUUGUUAUGACUGGAACGUAACUCCAUUUCUAAGCACUCGACGAGACUAUUCAAUGAAGGAAUUAUCAGAGAUCAUUAAAUCAGCUAAAAAACUUCUAGAUCAUGCUAAUCAUUUUAUUUACAGAUGUGAUGCAGACUAUAGUAAUGAUGCUAACGAGAAGUCGUAUUACGAAUUAGAACAUAUGAUACAAACAGUAAUAGUUCCCGAAAAAGAAUUGAGCACAACCGGAUCCUGCAGCCAUAAUUGUGAUUUGAACGCUAUCAGACAUUCAAUUAAUAAUCAAGACUGUGACGAAUAUCAACACUGUCAUUAUCUUCACAGCAACUAUGAAAUCUGUGAAUCGUCUGAUAAAACGAGUUCGAGACGUUACGAGUGGUUCAAAGGCAGCAAGGGAGCACCUUAUGGCAAAAACUACCCAAGCUGUAAUGGCACAGUGAAGACUUUAUCCAGUUAUUUUAAGGCCUUUCCAUCUAGUAUGUGUGAAUAUUGUGUGUGCACCUGUGCCCAAAAAUCGCGACGAAGGAAUGUCAUCGCUGCCGUUAGUUUCAGAGAACAAGUCACCGAUAUUGAUAAUAACAUGGUAGUCGUCGGUGUGAGAUUUGUUGAGAAAGGCAAAUUAAUUCAUGUCCAGAUAAAAGAACGGAAACUGAAACCCACUAGCUCAGAUGAUAGAGGAUCAUGGAAAGAAUUGGAAAACAUCUAUAAGAAUGAUAAUACUGGGAAAUUUUUAAUCAGAAAUACAAAGUUCCCUAUAGUAGAGCUUAAACCGAACGUCGAUUAUGGAGAAGCAGAAGCUAUGAAUUUCGAUGACAUGAUUGCACCCGAAGGUUACGUUGUCACAGGAGUUAGAUUCAAAUUUGCAAGAGAUACAUUUGAUCAUUACCGAUUUAAGAUCGGCACAAUUCAAAUAGAAAUUCGUGUAACGCCUUUUGAUCACGCCAAAGGAAUUAUUAUUAAUCAUAAUCUAACGCAUUGGGUUGUACCACGAAAAGGCAUGUAUAGACAAGACUUGGUUUUAACUGACCCAGAUUUACCAACUAAAUCGUCCGUACCUAUGAUCGACUCAAAUCCAAUCAAAUUUGUAAGAUUCCGUGCAUCUGAUUUGAAAAAAGACGCCGGGCAAUCAACAGUGCCCUUUUUUGACGCUCAAAACGUGGAGGGUUUUCCAGAGUUUCCUUUAGGAGGAGUUGGAACCAUUCAUCGUGGCCAUGAAGGUUCUGGUGGAUUCAUAGCGUUCAAAAUAUACGAUAUGAAGCUUUCAAAAUACUUUAACGAAAAGUCAUAUUCAUAAUCUUGCAAUAAAAAUCAUUCUAUGUUAAAAAUACCUGUAUCUUCCUUUUACUGAUCAGCACACUAAUUAAUAUGUCUUAUAAUGGCAGCCCAAUAAAACAUUU